CGUGGUUUGACGUUUACCCCCUCUCUACCUACCAAAAGCCUUUUCAACUUCUGCACCUGCUAUAUUUCAUUAUUUUUAAAGUUGUCUGUGUAUAAAAGUGCCAUAAUGUGAAAUACCUACAACUCCUAUACCUAUCUCGACCAUCCAUCAACGAACGCACCAACCAAACGUCCAAACCAGUGUCCAAACGUGAACCCAACAUCUGUUCGAGUCGAGGUGAAAUUUGGCAUCGUCGCCGAAGUUUAGAUGGAUCUGCAAAUGUCAGGAGCAGAGAAAAGAAAAUAAACAGGUUUUUUUCGAAGAAGCAAUCUUAUAAAUAAGAAUUUCACAUUAUUCUAUUGUGCUAUGGAUGAAAAUAUGUCUGAUGACGAAAGUCGGGAGAAAAGUUCUAAUAAGACGGAAAAACCGAAGCGAUUAAAGAGCGACGGUGACGCUGGGGGUUCGUCUGUGGAGGAGUCUUCCAGCUCGUCUAGCAAUGUAGAGCAAGUGGACGAAAGUCAAGAGAUCUUAACAAAAAAGGCAGAAAAUCCGAAGAGGUUGAAGACAGAAGGAGAAUCUGGGGGUUCGGUCGAAGAGUCGUCCAGUUCUUCUAAUAAUAUAGAACAAGAAACGGCAAGUACUAGCACGGACAGUGGAUUUCCUAGGUCUAGAAAUUCCAAAAACCGGAAUUACAGAAAUCAUUCCAGCAAUGGUGAAAAUCGUCGAAAUGUAAGGCGCUUGUACACUCCGCCGAAUUUUGGCGAAGAACUGUUUUCCAGCGGCGACGAGGAACCACAAGAAGCGGUUGAAGAUGAUGAGGCCGAUUCCGCUAUGCAUGAAGAAGAUUCAGCGAACUUGGAUGAACUGGAUCCUAUGAGUAAUAUGAGUUCGAAUUCCACUGUCAUCAAUGAUACGGAUAUCGAUUCCGAUGAUGAGGAGCACCCAACAUUAAAGAAAGAGUACCCCAAGCACAAUUGGUUCAUGGUGCCGGAGGUGCUCAACAGGCAAUUAGGGUCUAGUUCCAAGUAUCAGAGUGCUGAUUUGUUUCAGAAGCGAUGCUAUGGCUCAUUACGUAGUGUACAUAGGUUAGAGUUAAUGUACAAAUUAGAAGGACACGAUGGCUGUGUAAAUAGUCUGAAUUUUCAUCCGCAAGGACAUUUGUUGGCUAGCGGUUCUGAUGACCUCAAAGUCAUUCUGUGGGAUUGGAAAAUAGGAAAGCAAUUACUGAAGUACGAAUCUAGACAUAGAGGGAACGUGUUUCAGACGAAAUUUUUGAAUCUAUCUGGUGAUUUACAUAUAGCGUCUUGUGCCAGAGAUGGUCAGGUACGCAUUGCUCAAGUAUCAGCUGAGGAGGGAGUGAGGGACAAUAGGAAAUUAGGAUGUCAUAGGGGGCCUUGUCACAAGAUCGCUGUACUGACUGAACAGCCGCACGUGAUUUUGAGUGCCGGAGAAGACGGCUACGUAUUUAGUCAUGACGUUAGGAAAAACAAACAAGAAAGGAUAGUGAGCGUAAAAGAUGAUGAACGAGAAGUAGCUUUAUAUAGUAUCCACGGAAAUCCGUUGAAAUCAUUGGAAUUCUGCGUUAGCGGCAGAGACGAAAUAAUCAGGGUGUAUGACCAAAGAAAAAGCAACGAUACCCUACACACAUAUCACCCCUUCAAGAAAAGAACUGAUUCCAGCGGGUACACAGGUUUGCACGUCACGUGUGCCAUCUACAACCACGACGGUUCCGAAAUUUUGGGUUCCUACAACGACGGCGACGUCUUCCUUUUCGACGUCAACGCCGAACCUGGCAACUUCCUGCACCAGUACCAAGGACACAGGAACGGUGCGACCAUCAAGGGCGUUAAUUUCUUUGGUCCGAAUUCGGAGUUUAUCGUCAGCGGCUCGGAUUGCGGAUAUAUUUACUUUUGGGAGAGGAAUACGGAGGCUAUCGUGCAGUGGUUGUUGGCAGACGAUAAUGGAGUGGUAAAUUGCUUAGAACCCCAUCCCCAAGUGCCGUACAUCUGCACCAGCGGCCUCGACUGGGACGUAAAAGUGUGGGUGCCUUCGUGCGAAAACGAUCCCACGUUUAAGGGUCUAUCUUCGACCGUAAAAAACAACAACAAGGCGCGAAGCAAUUGGACGUCUAUGAUUCCGCCUGACAUCAACGAGAGUCAAAUGUUGUGGAUGUUGUGGCGGCAUUUGAGGAGCAGCAACCGAUUGAGGCGCGAGUUCCCGAACGGAGGCGAAGGAGAUACCGCCUUUUUCCGAUACGCUUCGACCUCCAGCAGCUCGUCUGGUUCGAGUUCGAGCAGCAUACCAUCCGACGAAGACGAUUUGGACGUGACGGCGUCCUGUUCCCCCUCAUAAUAUUUAUAUAUAUACACACUCCCCCUUCCCCGAUCUCCGAACACCCCUCCUUAAUCCCCCAAACCAUUGCAAUGUAUAUCUGUUAAUAAUAAAAAUAAUUAUUAUUAUGAUCACCCGGGAAUACAUUAUAUAUUUGUAAAUAGACUCGUUUUUGCUAUUAGAUUUAAAUAAACUCUAUUAUUGAAAAUAAAGAAUUAAAAAACAGAAUCAAAAUGUAUUGCGACACCAAAAUCGUAAAAAUUUGUUAGUUUUUUAUAUUCGUUAUUAUAUUUUUUCCUGUUUUUUUUUAUCUUUUAGAAUUUUUGAUUUUGUUUGGCGUCUGAGUUUAUUUAUUUUUUUUUUUUUUCGGUUAAAGCCUGAGCAAUCCCAAAAAAUGUAAAUAACCGUUUUUUUUGCCGCCGUUUAAUAUACAGGGCGGUUCGGUGAACGUUCUCAGGACCGAUGUGUCGGAAAGUAAUAAAAUUUUGACAAAUCAUUGAGAAACGUUAAAAGUAUUAUUAACGGCGUAAAAUGAUUUUUGUAAAUAUGUAGAUUUGCUAUUAGAUUUAACGACUUUCUAUUGUUUAGUGAAAUAAAUCUAAUGAAUAUAACUCUGGUUUGUGAUUAUGAUAAACGCUUAAAUUGACGCACGAAACAUGUUUCUAUGCAGUUAAUGCAUCUUAGUUACAUUUCUCGAAUCACCCUGUAUAUUUAGAUGUGUAUAAUUUCUCUAUGAUUCACUUUUAAAAGUUAAUUUCGACAAAUAUGGCAAUUUGCCCAUUUUCACAAUCAAAUAUUUAUCUAAAAUAUUUUUGGAUACAUAUUUUUUUUCUCUCUUUUAUUAUGAAAUAGCUGGUAAAUUUUCUGAUCAAUUUUUAGAACGGUUGGUAAUUUUAUAUGGGUUUCUAUUUUCUUCAGUUGAAACUUUCUAAAUUAGUUUUCUCCUAAUUAAAGGAAAUCAUUUCUUUAAAUUUUGAUAUUGCCUACGAAGUUUCUUUUUACGUCAUUUCCCGUUGGAUUGAGAUAUUAGGGUCUAUUUAUACUCCCUUAUUAUUUUUAUUUACAUUAGUAUUAUGAUUAUGGAUUAAGUUGAACCUUCACAAUGUAAUGGUGACAUUUAUACUCGAUUUAUGAUUAAUAUUAGCAUUAAUAUUUAUGCUCAAUAAUUGACAGGUUCAACUUUUAUGUUAAAUCUUAAAUUUCGUUUUUUCUAUCAAAUGAAUCAAUGAUGUAUUUAGCCUUUGUUUUUAAUAGACAAUGGAUAAUGACAAUUGACAUGAUUAUGUUGUCAGAUGUUGUUUGUAGGUUUGUUCCAAAGGCGAGUUCGGAGGGGCUGGAGCGGGACAAAAGCGGAGUGUUUUAGGGUGCUUUUAAAUGUUAUUUAAGCGUGUUAAAUUGUCACUAAUCGGACUAAAUCGAACGCUAAAAUGGUCGUUUGGAGUAAAAAGUGUUAAAGGAGUUAAAGGAACUUGGCAAACCGAACGCAAUGCAAUAAGCUCGAAAACGAUAAUAUUUCGGUACAAAUCAUGCGCUGUAUACAAUUUUUGUGUAUCAGCAGUGUUUACCGAGUAUAAUUGACAUGUCACCUCGAGGAAGCAAGGGCCUCUUUUCUGUCUGAUUUGUAUUAAAUUUCUACUUCUUUUUAUCUGUUAUAAAUUUGAGACGUAAAUCCGUUAACAUUUCCUUAAUUAAACCUAUUUUUGAAUAAUAAUAUCUUUAAAUAAAAUUAACUAGUAAAAAUAUUAAUAAAAACAUGUUUAAAACUCAAAUAUCUUAAAAAAUGUUCUAUGAACACAACUGGCCUCUUACACAUUUCUUCUGACACACAUUUUGUUGACUGCAGAAUUCUAUCUUAUUAGGAAAAAGAUUAUUAAAAAACAAGCACUAAUGCUAAAUAUAAAACGAGUAUAAAUACCCUUUUUGAAUAUUUUGUCCAGUUUACUGCUUAAUCAUAAUACUAAUACAACUACUAAUAAUAAGGGAGGAAAAAUAGACACUUAGUUUUAAUGUAUGUUCAGCGAUUAUUUUUUACCAUGGUGUCCGAUUUCAAUGAUUAUGUUUUUGUGUGAAAAGGGGUACCUCAGGGAUGGUCCCAUAUAAAUUUGGUCAAGAUCUGUUGUUGACAUCUAUGAGAAAAUCAGCAGACUCAAUUUGUAAGAUCAUCUGCACGAUUUUGAAAUCGGUUUUUUAAAAUUACUUUUAUAACUUGUUAGUAUGGACGGUUUCAUGAACACUGUUCUCAUUGCUACGAUAUAUUUUUCUUUUAACCUAGGUGUCUUCUUCCCAAAUAGCAGGAAAAUCAUUUUUAAAUUUUAAUACCUUGUAGAAAUGUUCCUCCUCUUUAUAUUCACGUUAGAUUGAGAUUGCUAUUUCUAAUAGUUUCAUUGUUAAAAACAGUUUUAUGAAUACGGGGCCUAUUUUCGAUACCAAUCUCGUUCUUUAAAACUCAGUAUAUUUCAAAAUUAUUUUAAGACAUUUAUUUAUACAUUUUUGGUAUUCCGUAUAAAAUGUAUUUAUAUGAUUGUGUGAGCACGUAGAGAUCAGAUAACGGGUGUGUAUCGUACAACGUUUUAUGAUAUACUGCAAUUUACCACGUUUUACAACCUAAAAUCAAAUAAAAUUUUAUCAUUACAAGUUUCCGAAUGUGACUUAAAAUAAUGACAGUUCAGUUAGAACUGACAGUUCAGUCAUAAGUUUUGUUAAAAAUUUUUACCGGGCUAGCCCGUUAUGACUCCCUUAACAACCAUAAACAGAGGUUGGUUAUCAAGGUAUAACAUUGCAGUAUAUCAUAAAAUCCUAUAACUUAUUUUCCUGAUUUCACAAAACGAAUAAAUCAUCACAAAAAUAAAUAUCUACAACGGUAUAUAAACACUGUUAAAAUACAGAAUUUUAAAGUAGUGUACACACAUACAAAUCUGUAUUUUCUUUCUAAAAUUUUGGGACUGUUCCAAGGCAUAUUCACAAAACUUUUAAUUUGAUCAUUAUAAAAAAGGAAAAAAAAUGUAGAAGAUUUUUUUUCAGCUCAGAGAGUGGUUGUUAAGUCGUCGUUGCCACACACUAACUAUUUAUGUAAAUUUUAACCAUUUU